AUGGCAGCUAGCCAUCAUCAUCAACAAAACCAUCAUAUGAACAACAUUCACAGAUCAACCGCGUCAAUGGCGAAUACGGCAUGCACCAUGAAUGAAGGAGAUGAAGACGACGAUUUAGCUGCGCUGAGAAACGCGGCAUUGCAGACCUUGGAGCAGCGGAAGCUCAAGAAAGAACCUCGUGCCUUGAUAGUGCAACGGAACAACGUACUCGUGAUAGAGCCCCAGGACAAUGUCAACGACUUCCGCAACACCGAAGAGCACGAAGUCGUUCGGCCAGCUCCUUCCAAGAAAGGGCGCUUCGAAAGAUUCGAGGAUUCGGCGGCGAGCGAAGACGAGAGCUGCAACGAGUCGCUCCUGGACGAAUUGUUCAAGGAAACCGAAGAGACGACCGCGAGGACUGAGGCCCUCGAGACGGAGUCCCCCGACGAAGAUAGCCAAGAGCCUACCGUUACCGUCGCUGACGGAGACGUAGAUCGGAUGGAAGACGAAGAUUGUCUACUUCUCCAGGCUGAAGACGACAUGGACGACCUCUUCGUCGAUCCCGUUGUACCGGAGGCUGUCGUCGCGAGUCAACCAUCUUCGAAUUCCCCGGGCCCGGAGAAGAGAAGGUCUGAAGAGGUCUUCAAGGAACGCGAGCAUGCCGAAAAGAAUCGGAGCCGCAAUCGACAUGACGAGUAUCGGAAAGAGUUGUCGCCCGAGACCACUCCGCGUUAUGCUCGACGGGAACGAUCAGCACGAAUCGAUAAGAAAGAGAAUCGGGAAAGGAAGAGCAAGGCAUCGAGAGAUGACGAUAAAAGUGACGUCACCGAGAAACGGAAGCGAAGUCGAAGUCGGGAAAAAGACAAGAGCAAGAGGAAGUCGAGUCGGAAACCUUCGCCGAAACCGGAGCGUCCGUCGAGCAACUCCAAAAUCGAGGUCCGGGCACAAUCCAAGAGCUCGAAGCCUCGGACGCACACCGAUUCAGAUAACAAUAUAUCGGAAGUCGAUCGAGAGCGUCUCGAGGCCCGGAAGAAAAAAUUCCUACAGAAGGAGCUGAAGCCCUCGCAAAAAGUCAUCUCGCUCAAAAAGUCACCGACUAGUAAAGUAGAGGACACCGACGAUUCUCGACGAGUCCAAGAUCGAUUGGGCGAGCCCGUGAAGGAACCGAAACUGAGCGUCAAACGUUUCUCGCCUAAGAAUGAAGACACGGGCGACUCGCUCUCGAAACCGACAAUUCUGUCCCGACUGGGCCCUCCACCAGCGUCUAGAGGCAGUAUAAAGGAUCGUAUUGGGCACAUAAGCACCAACAGCUCAUCUCCUCCGAGAACAGUACAGUCGGGCGCGGACGCAGCUCAGGUAAAGUUCAAAGUCAGGAAUCGACCAACGUUGGAUCCGAAACUGAAAAUUCAUAUCAACCUCGGUGGAACAUUGAGCACUGGGUCGAGUAGCUCGAAGUCGAAGAAGGUGGUAUGCCUGGAGUGAUCUAUCGUGAGAAAUUGGACCGAUCUGCGUAUGUAUGAUGCGAGGAGUCGGUGCGCGCGAGCUCUCAUCGGGGCGCCGGCAUCGCGCGGAACGUUUUUCAGAGCAAACACAGAAAUCGGCUGCUGUCCGAACGCAGCGCUGGAAUUUUGUUCUCGAACAACUUUACUCUAAGGGGAAUAAACAAAUUGUUGCAUAGAGAAACGCGGGACGAAGGUCGCUCGCUAAGCUGAGGGAACGGAACGACCUCGUAGUACACGGGUGCGACAGAAGCGACGGCGAGGAGUGACGAACUCCAUCGAUCCGUUGUGUGUGCUUCUGCUCAUACCUCUCGAAAUUCGUGGACCCGGCCCAGCCUGCGACUCAAGGUGCUUGACGGCAGGUACAUUGUUUCCAUAACGGUUGAAGAUCAUCCUUCGACCAGAAUUUUCUUCCCUCAUCCAGAAGGCCACGACAGCAUUUAGCAUCUGGUCGCGGUUUCGAGGAGCUUAGUCCGACCCGAUCGCUCUCGAGUAGUUUUCGGUCCACCAGUCAUGUAGAUAACGGAAGACGAACACAACAUACAAUAAUUCUCCCACAGAGAAGAGUGUAAUAAAGGCGUGGAGAGCGUGUGUAAGCUUGUUCAU